AUGCUGAAGAAUUCUAAUCGAACACACGUCUAUGGCGUUGAGUUAGAGAGCAGUAGCUCAAAUAAUAGUAGUGGCCGUCAUCGACGCGAACAUAGUAAACGUCAAGCACUUCAAGAUAAUCAAAAAGUAUCCGGUGGAACAUUUCGACUAUUUAUAUUACACCUCUCCAUUGUUUAUCCAACAUCAUGUGGUAUAUCGCAAGUCUGCAAGAAGAAAUUUCUCACAAAUGUUCAGAAUCUGAUGAAUGCUCACACCAAUUAG